AUCAGAGAAGAGAGAGGAUCGGUUUCUCCCUCGUCUCUUCAAGCUGAGGAAAUCCGUUAACAGACGUGAAGGUCACGACCGUUUUCCGGGGGCUACGACAAAAAAAAUCCGACCACAGGGAAAGGCCCAGCCGAAAAACUGCCGCUUGAGGGCUGUUUCUGUCAUCGAACUUGGCCGUGAAACCACCAUUAUUUACAGAGAGCACCUUUCAUUUCUUGAAGCUUGGAGAUUCGUGUUCUAUAGAAUACGGUUGAGAGAAUGGAUAUCGUUAGAGCAAUUCAGGGAAGCCAGGAUCGAAGGCUGGUGACCAAAUACAACAAUGCCAUCUAUGUCAUACAAAGGGCUCUUGCAUUAUACUCGUUCGAGGAAGUUGCUUUCAGCUUCAACGGAGGGAAAGAUUCAACUGUCUUACUGCAUCUCCUUCGAGCUGGGUAUGCUCUACAAGAGGACCGAGCUGGUUGUUUGAAUGUGGAGUGCAGUAACUCAAAGUUGAAACAUCCAAUACGAACUAUCUAUUUUGAGAGUCCCUGUGCAUUCCUUGAAAUCAAUGCAUUCACUUAUGAAACGGCAGCUGCUUAUGACUUGCAGUUGGAAAUUAUUCGCCUCGAUUUCAAAGCUGGUUUGGAGGCACUACUUAGGGAAAAGCCUGUAAAAGCCAUCUUUCUUGGUACCCGUAUUGGUGACCCUAAUGCGGUUGGUCAAGAACAGUUUUCACCAAGUUCACCUGGAUGGCCGCCAUUUAUGAGAGUGAAUCCCAUCUUGGAUUGGUCCUACAGAGACGUGUGGGCUUUUCUAUUAACAUGCAAGGUUCCUUACUGCAAGCUUUAUGACCAAGGAUAUACCUCAAUUGGGAGCAUACAUGAUACAGUGCCAAAUGCUUUAUUGUGCAUCAGUGAUUCCUCUAGCGAUGAAGAGAAAUUCAGACCAGCAUAUCUGCUGCCCGAUGGAAGACUUGAGAGAGCCGGGAGAGCAAAGAAGUUGAGUGGUGUACCAUCUCUGAGUAAUGGCCUAAGCAACAUAGAUUUACAUGACAACAACAUACGCACAGCAUCAGUCAUUGGAGUAGGUGAUGAGAUACUGUUUGGGAAGGUGGCUGACCAGCUAGGUCCAUCCUUGUGCAGAAAACUUCAUUCAAUAGGCUGGGCAGUGACACAUGUUGCAGUUGUACGAAAUGAUGUGGAUUCUGUAGCUGAAGAAGUUGAAAGACAAAAGGCUGCCAAUGAUAUGGUAUUUGUGUUUGGCGGUGUGGGUCCCAUGCAUUCUGAUGUCUCAAUGGCUGGUAUUGCAAAGGCUUUUGGAGUACGUUUGGCUCCUGAUGAAGAGUUUGAAGAGUAUCUUCGCCAUCUUAUUGGGGAAGAAUGCUCAGGGGACCGUAAUGAGAUGGCUUUAUUGCCAGAGGGCAUUACAGAGUUAUUGCACCAUGACACUCUUCCAGUGCCUCUGAUCAAAUGCCAUAAUGUGAUAAGCCUUUCUUCAACAAAUGAGGACGAGUUGGACAAACAAUGGGGUUGUCUGCUGGAAAUGAAUGCAAGCAGUGGCCUCAUAGAGCUAAUGGCACCAUUUGGGUCAAAGUACUUGUGUACAAGACUUUCUGAUGUAGCGCUGGCUCAACCAUUGUCAAAGCUUUGUCUUGAGUUUCCAGAUCUUUAUAUUGGUUGUUAUCGCAAAGCCAGAACUGGAAGUGGAUCGACCAUCAUUAGUUUUAUGGGAAAGAACCAAGCAAGAGUAGAUUCAGCGGUGGACAAACUUUGCAGUAUGUUUUUUCCAUCGGCCUUCUCAGAAACUGAAAGUGGCUGACCUUUUGCUUCUAUAUUGGCAUUAGAAAUUAGCCUGAGGAUGAUCGGGGGAAGUUUUAGUGCCAUGUGAACAGAACCGCAGCAGUCAUCACCUAUCAAAUUCUACUUGUGGAGAUGUCUCAGAAAGUUUGCCCCCCAUAAUGUUUAAAGUAAAAAUGAUGGGCUCAUCAUCAGCAAAGACGAGCUCUCUGGUACAGAUAUUCGCUCUUUGACAAAAUGGUUUAUUUAAUUGCUGCUUCAAUUAAUUAAUUGAAACAGUUUGAAGUCCUCAAUUAGUUCAAAAAAUAAUUAAAAGAAAAAGAAGAUAAAGGUCUCUCAAUCCCUCUACUCAUGACCUUGAGCUUUGGGAUUAGUACUUGAUACUUUGAUCUAUGACUACUUCGCCGAAUCAAUUGGAAUGUACUUGUAAACCUGGAGAUUAUAACUCCAUUGAGGUGCCCAAAUUCAGUGAAUUUUGGAUCAAAUAAAAGGGGUUAGCAAUAUGUUACUUGCGUAUGUUGUAAUCAACAUUUUACAUUUAUUGAAGUUGCACUCACUGCUCUCUCUGUUU